CCACCAGCGAGCACUUUGUCGAUUCUCUUUGGCUCCUUCUCUCGACCAUCGAUUUCGACCCUCAUCGUCUUCAUCGACGACGACACUAUUAGCGCCGUGCGGCUUUGCAAGGACGACGACUGGCUUCAUCGCGGUCACACGCCGGCGGAGCCAUCGCCCAGCCGCGCAGUUGUGGCUGCCUGUGGCUAGGCGGCGGCCUGCAUGGGAGAGGUUAGAGUGCGGGGUCGAGUGUGCCGAUUUGAGCCCGAGUGCAUCUCGACACAGUCCAAAGCGCGGUGCACUGACCAAGUCAACUCGACGGUCGAGGGCGCGAUUCGAAACGCGAGAGCGAUUGCCUCUGAGUCCCUGACUGCCUCUCCCCACGAUUGUCCGCUUAGGCAUAGCCUGGGAUCGGCAGCUGACCCCGCUCUCGCCCAACACUACGCUUCUCUCGACCACGGACGAUCCGGCGAUACGGCCUCUGCUCCGUCGUCCCCAUCCGAAGUCUUCCGAGUUGGAUUGCUUCCUACUAAAGGGUCACGCUUGCCAUCGAUACCAUCUGAGCCAUCUUCGUCCUGCAGAUACCCUCCUAUCCUCUCGUUCCUCCAGCCGUCGACGAUCACCACUCAUCACCACUACUCUUGACGACGAAAUGGCUGUUCCCAAGGAUGAGCAGAAGGCGGCAGCUGGAGGCGUCGCCAAGCCUGGUAAAUACCCCUUCUACCUAGGAGGUCUUGGUGAGCUGCUUGCUACUACUUGUUCCAACCUGGC